CUCAUGCUCCACAUGUACAUGCGGCCAGGGACAGCUGUCAACAUCCCAUUGGCGCCCACUCAGUCCGCCCUCAUAUACGUCCUUGAGGGCGUGGCGAUGUUUGGCCCACGAGGAGAGGCCGUGUUUCAAAACGAGGGGCACUCCCUGCUCUUCCCUGCAGCACCAAGUGGCGCGUCAUCUGCCACGUCAGACGCUGUGUCAGAGAUGGAUAAGGAAACAGAUUCCACAGAGGGUGGUGCAGCAGGCGUGGGAGCAAGGGGGGAUGAGGAGGAUUGGAUUCGGGUGGAGUCGCACAGUUGGGGAGGAGUAGAGUUUGUGCUCGUAGCGGGCCAAAGUUAG